CCGCAUCAUCGAUCAACGGUUCCCUCCCCCGCCUCCUCCCUUCCCCUUCUCACCUCGUCACCUUCUCUCUCUCUCUCUCUGCACGGAGCGGAAACCCUGCGAUUCUCAAAACUCAGAGCCUCCGCAUUUGCUCGUUUCGGCCUCUCCUCCCUCCGCUGCGGACACCAUUUCGUCGAGGACAGUGCAGAGCAGUCAAGUCCAGAGGAUCGGUUCCGGAGGAUAAGGAGGAGGCUAGCGCCGGAGUCAGGUACGGCUACCGUGGAGUUGAACCUACGUUGAUUCGUCAUCAGUUUCCGGGGGAUUAUUUCUUCUUCUUCCUCGCGACACAAGCUUUUGACUGGUGCAAAUUGUGGUUAUUGAAAUCUCAAUUAGCACUGGUUUUGCGGGUAGAGGAGUGAUUUCUGUAGAGGAACGCAGUUGCAGUUGCUCAAUUUUCUGAGGUGAUCGCUUGAUAAUAUUUACACGAACCGAUGGCCAGCCUCCAAGAUAUCGGCGUGUCAGCUGCCAUCAAUAUUCUAACGGCAUUGGCAUUUCUAGUGGCCUUUGCCAUAUUGCGGCUUCAACCCAUAAACGAUAGAGUGUACUUCCCGAAAUGGUACCUCAAGGGGAUAAGAGGCAGCCCAACACGCUCCGGGCCAUUUGUAAAGCAAUUUGUCAACUUGGAUUGUAAAACAUAUAUAAAAUUUUUGAAUUGGAUGCCAGCAGCUUUGAAAAUGCCAGAACCUGAGCUCAUCGAGCAUGCAGGCCUUGAUUCUACUGCAUUCAUCCGGAUUUACCUUCUUGGGUUGAAAAUAUUUGUCCCCAUCACUUUCCUUGCUCUAGUGGUUUUGGUGCCUGUGAAUUGGACUGGUAAAACUUUAGAGACUAUACAAAAUGUAACGUUUAGUAACAUUGACAAGCUCUCCAUAUCAAAUGUCCCAUCUGGAUCAGCCCGAUUUUGGGCACAUCUGGUGAUGGCAUAUGUCUUCACAUUUUGGAUAUUCUAUAUUCUAUACAAUGAAUAUAAGAUUAUGGCAAAUAUGAGGUUGCAUUUUUUAGCAUCCGAAAAUCGCCGUCCCGAUCAAUUUACUGUUCUUGUUCGAAAUGUUCCUCCGGACCCAGAUGAAUCUGUCAGUGAGCAUGUGGAGCAUUUCUUCUGUGUGAAUCAUCCUGAUAACUACCUCACACAUCAGGUUGUCUACAAUGCGAAUAAGCUCGCGAAAUUGGUUGAGAAGAAGAAGAGCCUACACAAUUGGCUUACCUACUACCAGAACAAGUACGAAAGAAAUCCUACAGAAAAGCCAAUGACUAAGACUGGAUUUAUGGGUCUAUGGGGAACCAAAGUGGAUGCUGUAGACUAUUAUUCUGCUGAAAUUGAGAAGUUAAAUCAAGGGGAAGCAACAGAACGAGAGAAGGUUAUAAGUGAUCCAAAUGCUAUUGUUCCUGCUGCCUUUGUCUCAUUCAAGAGCCGAUGGGGUGCAGCUGUCUGUGCUCAGACUCAGCAAUCACGAAACCCCACAAUCUGGUUAACAGAAUGGGCGCCGGAGCCCCGCGAUGUCUACUGGGCUAAUCUUGCAGUACCUUAUUUCGAGCUUACCAUUAGAAGAUUGCUGAUGGCCAUCACUCUAUUUUUCCUCACCUUUUUCUUUAUGAUUCCAAUAGCAUUUGUUCAAUCUCUGGCCAACAUCGAGGGUAUUGAGAGAGUUCUUCCCUUUCUAAAGGGAUUGAUCGAAAUGCCCACAGUGAAGUCCGUCAUUCAAGGCUUCCUCCCUGGAAUUGCUCUAAAGAUCUUCCUCAUCAUACUCCCGAGCAUUCUCAUGUUGAUGUCAAAAAUAGAAGGCUAUGCAUCUCUCUCAUCUUUGGAGAGAAGAUCAGCUGCAAAAUAUCAUCUGUUUGUAUUGGUGAACGUCUUUCUUGGAAGCAUCAUAACUGGAACAGCAUUUCAGCAACUCAAGUCGUUCCUUAACCAGGCACCAACAGAGAUUCCAAAAACGGUCGGUGUCUCCAUCCCAAUGAAAGCCACAUUUUUCAUCACUUACAUAAUGGUCGAUGGCUGGGCUGGUAUAGCUGCAGAAAUCCUUAGAUUGGUCCCUUUGAUCAUCUUCCACUUAAAGAAUACAUUCUUGGUCAAGACAGAGAAGGACAGAGAGCAGGCGAUGGACCCAGGCUGCUUGGAUUUCGCUACAUCUGAGCCUCGUAUUCAAUUAUAUUUCUUGCUGGGGUUUGUCUAUUGUGUGGUUACGCCUAUUCUUCUUCCUUUCAUCGUGGUCUUCUUUGCCUUCGCCCUCAUGGUUUUCCGCCACCAGAUUAUUAAUGUAUACAACCAAAAAUACGAGAGUGGCGCAACUUUCUGGCCAGACGUUCACCGGCGCCUGAUUAUUGGCAUGGUAAUCUCUCAGCUUCUUCUAAUGGGACUGCUGAGCACUAAAAAUGCAGCCAAAUCGACUCCCCUGCUCGUUGUGCUGCCUGUUUUGACCAUCUGGUUCCAUAUAUUCUGCAAGGGACGCUUCGAAUCAGCUUUUGUGAAGUUCCCUCUAGAGGACGCGAUGGUGAAGGAUACACUGGAACGGGCUACUGAACCAAACUUGAACUUGAAAGCCUAUCUUCAGGAUGCAUACGUGCACCCGGUUUUCAAGGGUGGAGACCUAGACAGGCCUUCGGUCAUCGAUGAGGAGGAGAAUAACCCGCUCGUCCCUACAAAGAGGAACUCGAACCGCAGCAGCAAGUUCGGCUCUGGGAGAAGUUCCGACGUUGAGCUUUAAGAACGACAGGGAAAAACCCGCAUUAGUGCAUUCUUUCACUCGCCAAUUAACGAUGUGCUCUUUUUGAAAAUUAUUUUGAUAAUAGAUGUAUAUAUUGCUGUAGGAGUAUUUUUUUGAUAGAGGAAGAAGAGGACUGAAGGGCAAUUUAAUUAAGGUGUUCGAAUA